UACGUCACAUUGAGUUUUCGAUUGGGAUUCAAAAUCCAUCCAUCAUCAUAAUCAUCCACACUCAAACCAUCCAUAAAACGCUAACUUCUUCAUCUUCAUUUUCAUCUUUUUCUUCUAAAUCCCUUCAAACGACGUCGUUUAACCCAUAAACCAUGUCUUACGACUAUCUCUUCAAGUACAUCAUCAUCGGCGACACAGGUGUAGGGAAAUCUUGCCUGCUCCUUCAGUUCACCGACAAGAGGUUUCAACCUGUUCAUGAUCUCACCAUUGGUGUUGAGUUUGGUGCUCGUAUGCUCACCAUUGAUUCACGCCCGAUUAAGCUUCAGAUAUGGGAUACUGCUGGGCAAGAAUCUUUUAGAUCCAUCACUAGAUCUUACUACAGAGGAGCAGCAGGGGCACUUCUAGUUUACGACAUUACAAGGAGAGAAACAUUUAAUCAUUUAGCAAGUUGGCUAGAAGAUGCCCGGCAGCAUGCCAAUCCUAACAUGACAAUCACGCUCAUAGGGAACAAGGGUGAUCUGUCUCACCGAAGGGCAGUCAGCAAAGAGGAGGGAGAGCAAUUUGCAAAGGAAAAUGGACUUUUAUUCAUGGAAGCUUCCGCCAAGACAGCGCAAAAUGUGGAAGAGGCUUUCAUAAAGACUGCUGCAAAGAUUCUUCAGAACAUCCAGGAUGGUGUUUUUGAUGUGUCCAAUGAGACAUGUGGUAUAAAAAUCGGCUAUGGACGUCCGCAAGGCCAAACAGGAGGCAGAGAUGGAGCUGCUGCUGCAGGAGGUGGAUGUUGCAGCUGAUUUGGAGGAAAAAAAACUCUGAAUCCAAUCCUUUUGUGCAUCUAUCUCUGGAAAACUGAGUGUAUACUCUUUUAGACUUGACAUGGAGCUUUUUUAUAGCACUUCAAUUUCAUGUAUAGCUUUAAUCUUAAAGGCCUUCUUGUCACAAAUUUAACUGAAUAGUAGAUAAGUUUUAGUGAAUGUUUCAAUCGUCAUUAUCUAUUCGUUCUA